CUCGGCACCAAAAGAGAAAGACACGUACUGUGUAGUUUUCAUCAGAUGAUUUCGGUUUUCUCUGAUUGAAAAGCGCAUUCACCAAAUCAAAGAGCUCGAAAAUUAACAUGCAGUGGUUUACGGGAAGUAUUCCAGAAGCCAUUUUGGAAUCUAGACAGAAAGGAAUAGUGUUUAUCGUUUAUAUUGAAGGUAAGAGGUGUACGAUUUUUUUAGUGAAUCUUGUAAGUUUCUUUCCGUAAUUGUACUUAAGCAAAACUCGUAAAUGAUUCUUAAGAUAUUUUCUCCUCCCAAAUUGAUCUAACUGAGAUCCUUAAAUGAAUCUCCUCUCGAUUUACGCCAAAUUAUCAGAGAGGGUGUUACUUGAUUAACUCCUAGGAUCUCAUCGGUAAUUCUCAUAAUUGUAUGGCAUACAAUUCUUAUGAUGUUGGUUUGGAAAAUUUGGUACUGGAUCAACUAAUUAACCGUAAUUUGUAUUUUUCGUUAUUCCCAUCGCUUGUCUGCUUGAUAUUGUAUUGAAAGGAGAAAUUCUGUCUUGGUCACUCAUGGGAGUUGAAGGGUUAAAACCAAAUUCUCUUGUGUUUUUCACAAGGAAAUGUAUGAAAGGCGUUGGGGAGAAUCAGUUAUUGGAUCUUGGGAGUGCUAGAUUUAACUAUUUUUCUCAAUAUUUCAAGAGAUGUGAUAAAGCAUUGGGCCUCGCAUCUGAUAACACUUCUUAUGACUAAACCUUUCUUCAUGCUUAAUUGUAUUUUCUUCAGAGUUAUUGCUAAAUUGAAAUGAAGCCAGAUUUGUAGAACAAGGAUCAAAAAAUUUUAAAAAGUAAUCAUUUUAUUUGGAUCCAAUCAAAUCUUUUACAGGAGAUAAUGAAGAAACAAUCAGAAUGAAUUCAACAUGGGAAGAUCCCAAGGUACAUGUUAUUGUACAUGUAAUUUCAAUCCUCUCAGAUCCUCCUUAAGAUUUGUAGAACUUAGAUGAAUUGCUUGUUUGUUUUGUUGUUGGUUUUAUUUGCUUCUUCCAAACUUUAGUAAGUAUUAUGGUUGCAAGAAAGAGCCACACUCUUGCAUUUGUCAGGAAAAGAGGGAGUGGAUUUUGGAUAAGAAUUCCCUCUGCUCCAUAAUUCCCAUAAUAGUAAAAAUAAAAAUUUCAUACCUGGCACUAAACUAAAAUUUAAGAGCUUUACUAAUAAGUGAUAGGAAAAGCUAAUGAUUGUUAAAUUCAGAUUGCAGGGAUAUUUUCAAGAGAGAAAUGUGUGGCAAUAAAAUUGGAUCACAAGAGGUAAUUACUCAGUAGAAAAUACAAUUUUUCUUUUGGAAUGCAGAAUUUAUUUAUUUAUAAUGCAAUAUUUAUCAGUAACCAAUUGAUACACCAGUAUACUACUAACACACACCAUAUUAACCCUAAACAGGUACAGAAACACUUCUGUGUAUUUUCUGUGAAACUUAUUUUUACAAUUAAAGCCACAGAGAUAAUCUUUUACUUGCAAUGGUUAGCUGCAGUAGUCUUAAAGUGCAAUCUUUGUCUACAUCUAAAGUAUGUAUUUUUGUACAGUCUGUAGAUUACCACUUCCUGUCAGGUGUAGGCUUUUUUGUUUUUUAAGUUGAAUAAUAGAAGUUCUAGGAGCAGAUUCCCCAAAGAUGCUGAAAAGGUGUCAUACUGAAACUAUUUGUGAGAAUGCUGCCUGUAAGCAGCCGCCAGAGCAGUUUAAGAAAUUGUAAUGUUUGCUCAUGGCUGCUAAUCACUUAAACCUAACCCCUUAAAGUGAAUAUGGCUGCAAAUGAACUUACUUGAAUGUGUAAAUACAGAGGUUACAUGUGAGUUGAGAUCUCUGCAUUUGAGAGAGCAUCCCCAAUAUUAUGGUUGUGCAUUUUUCAGUUUUUAGGGAAAUGAUUACACUUAAUAUGUUUUGCUUAGCAACAUAAUUCAGUCAGAAAAUUUCAGUCUUUUACUUUCUUCUUGAUCUACUUUAGCGAGGACUGCAAGCAGUUUUCUAAACUUUGUAUCCUUUGAAAACAUAGAAGUCACAUGUGAUGAAAACUGUUGUAGAUGUAUCUAAAGAAUUGUAGACUCUUUUUUAAAGAUACACAUGUAUGGGAAACACCAUAGGAUUAUCAUAUUCUUUUAAGUGCCCAAACAUUGCUGAACUGCUUGGAAUGGUUAAUGGUAAAAACUGCAUUAAAAUAUGCUUUAAUUUGAUACAUUUAUAACUCACUCCUAGUUAUAUAGUCAAUAAAUUUAAUGUGUAACUCUCAGGUGAUUGUUAGGCAACCAAAUGAGAGCUCAAUGACCAAUCAACUCUUCCAAAAGGUAAUUUACUGAUAUUAUUAUUAUCAUCAUUAUUAUUAUUAUUAUUAUUAUUAUUAUGUCAAUUGUUUAUAUUCACAUUCAGAUCCUAAGGAAAUUUUAAUCAUAUUGCUGCUUGCAAAAAUACUUUUUUGAUGCAAUGUAAAAGAGGCCUUAACUUGCCAUCUUAAAUAUGAAGACCCUCUAGUUUGCAUUCCUGCCACAUAUUUUAUUGGUGAAAGUGGUUUGCCUUUAGAGGUUGUUGGUGGAAGUCUUCCUGUGGACCAAUUUGUUACAAAAGCAGAGAAAGUUUUUGAGGUACUGUAAAUAUUUUUAUUCAGGAUGUGGAAUACCCUCUUACUUACAUUUGCACUAUUUGAUGGGUAACCAUUGUAAACUAUGUAUCAAUGGAAAGGUUACAAAAUGUGUCAUCCGCCAAAGCAGUUUCCUUCUAGCUUAUAUAAUUGUAAAUUGUCUUGAGGUAUUCAAUUUUUUGUACCCAUCUAGUUGUGCAAUUUUUAUCUUUUUGAAUUUUGGGCUUUGUUACAUUUUAGACUCACUUGAGGUCAACUUCAAUCAAACCUGUAUCAAGCACUGUGUCUCAGAACAGUGAAGCUUCUAUUUCAAGUGAGCAGUCUUCAGUGAGUAGCUCUCCUGCAGUAGAGCCUGCAUCACAACAGAACCAAGAGGUUUCUAACAGAGAGACUGAACCUAGACCAGGACCAUCAGAGGUGGGAAAAAAUAGAUGAGAUAGUUCAUGUAAUAGUGUAGUUUGAUUGUUCAGGUGAGUGUAGUCCUGAGAAAGACUGUUGUGUAACUUGUUCAGUUCUAUGUUAAAACUGACAACCUUUAUUUAUUAGGAAAUCAUUAUAAUUUAUACAAAGUGCAGUGCUUGUGCUUUUGCUAAUUGCUUAGUUGUGUGUGCUGUGUGAGUGUGAAAGGUGACAGUUAUAUAGUGCAACAGUUGUUGGUAGUGGUAACAGAAGUUUUGACAUCAUCAUCAUCAUCAGAGUUAAUUCCUUGUCUCUAACAACAGUAUUACAUGUUACCUCUAGGUUCAAACCAUUUACUGUAGAGAUAGUUAACAUAUGAAGUUGUCAUUCAGUAGCAUGUUGCUUAAUUGGAUAAUUCAAUUAAGAAGGCCAUGAGCUACAGCUGUACUUCUUUUUUAUUCCAAGGUUUGCAGAUUUAUGGCAUUGUCAAGGAAUGUGACAAUGCCCUUGAACAGGAAAAGUUUGGAUAUGAUUUCUACCAGUGUCCACCGUUUAAAUAAUAUUGUCUAUUUUGGAAAUUUUUCAAGUGAAGAUGGUUGGUUUUGGCCCAGGCUAUGAUUGUACAUGUAGUUUUUAGACAAAAAAAAUCAUAAGUGAAUGGAUUUGAGGAUUGUAAACUUAGGAAAAGUAUGAACCACUGUUGGUAAUUCAUUUAUUGUUUGAUUCUUAGGAGCCUUAUGGCAGAGACCAACAGGGGGAAUUAUUAGAAGACAAAGUAGAAAGGUUAGUCAUAUUUCUGUUGAAAAGUUUUGUACAGGCCACCAAUCUACACAAUGUACAUAAGCUUGAGAAAGUAGCCUGUGGUGCUAGGCUUGAUACAAGGAAUGGUUGUGCCAGACCCCUAAUAAAUGUCAGGUUCAAACUGCCAAUUUCUUAAAUAAAUGCCAGAUGCAUUUAAUGGGGGCCCUGGCAUUUAAUCAAUGUCCCGGUGUUUAUUUGCAGCUGAGGUCACAUAGACCAGUCAUUAGUAAGUAGUAGUCUCUUGCCUAUAAACAGAUCAGAGGACGAGAAAAUCCACUAUUUUAAGGCAGUAGGUCCACUAAGUAAUGGAAAGCAUGAGUUCACAGAAAGAGUGGCUGCAUUUUUCAAUGUGCUGGAACAAGCCACUCCUGUAGAUAAAAAUGAGGCCUUUGUUAAUUAAGAGCCAGACAUUUUUGAAAACAAAAACUUAAUGAAUGAAGUUUAGUAUAUUAUUAAAAACUUAAAUUAUUUGUGUACCAUACAUUGGCUGACACAAACAAGGAGGACGUUGGCAACAUUGCCGUUUAUAAAGUUAAUUAAAACGAGGAGGACAUUGGCAACAUUGCUGUUUCUAAAGUUAAUUAAAACUUUGUACUCAUAUCAUUUACUUGCUCCUACAUUAUUCACAUUUUGUUUAUGCUCUGUUUGUUAGGGACACAAAUCUUGAUUGCAACUUGGUACACAUGCCAUAUGUUCAGUACCAUAAUACUGUAACUUUGGGUAAUCCAGGCGCAUGACAAAGGGAGAAAUUGUCCUGCACUAAGAAACUGUUCCUAGGUCUCUGCAAAUCAGUAAUAAUAAAUCACCUUGCAAAAAUGGCUUAAAAUUUCAUUUCAGUAAAUCAACUGUAGACCCCUAUUAUGGCCUCACAAAGAAGCAGGUCAAACCUGCCCAUUUUUAAAUAUAAGCCUGCUGCAUUUUAUCAAGAAAAUAUGGUAUUUAUGUUUUAGUCUCAAAAGUAAGAGCAGUAGGCAGUUUGGAACUCUUCUCCAUCUUAUGGUUGAUUGUGAUAACACCUAAACAAACAAUUUCAGAUUCUUGAGUUUAAGACAAUUUUUACAUACAUACAACAUACGAAAGUGUCAACAAUUAUUCAUAAGUUACUGCUACUAUGAAUUUUAACUCUUUCUUCCUGUUGUUGAGCAGAGCAAAGCAACUUAUUGAACAGAAGAGACUUGAGAAAGAGGAAUCAGAAAAUCAGGUGAGUCCAAUUUUCUAAUCUAAAUACAGUUGUAAGUAUUCUUUUGUCAAUUGGUUGUUGAUUAAAUAAAACUCAUGGUGUUUUAGUCUCUCUGCACUUAUGGUUGAUUGUGUCAGAUUCUUAAAUUAUGGAUGAAUUAUCUACUUGUAAAUUAAUCUUUUUAGUAGAUAUUUGUAAAUUAUGGAUGAAAUAACUUUUUAGUAGAUACUGUGAAAUAUAGUCACUAACAUGUACUUGUUUGAACACUUUCUCAAAAUGAACGAUGUCAUCAAUCAAUCUCCAAAUAUUUUUCUCUCUAAGGCACAAACUUAUCAUUAUUAUUAUUAUUAUAUGAAGUAUAAUUGUUCAUAUUAAAAUAAUUAUCAGUAUUAUUGUUUUUGUAAGUUUUAUUGUUCUUAUCAUUAUCAAUCCUAUUCAAGUUUUCUUAAGGUUAUGUUUUUAUUUUGUCCAGAACUUCAUGACUUUUUUAAGCAGUUUUUUCCCUUGAAGCAAAGCUUUUUUGUUAAUAAGCCAACAUCAAGCUUAUCUCAUUUUCUGGGGCAUGACAUCACUAAGAGUUACGAAAUUCCCUCAAAAGCAAGGUAGUCCAUUCCAAGAUAUCCUUUUGCACUCUUUCAUGUUUCCCAGACAGUACCCCAUUUAAAUGUUUAUAAACCUUGGUGGAGAGAGAUACUGUGAGAAUAUAUUGUCUUGUUCUUAAGAACACCACAAAAUGACCUUCUGAUCCUUUCAAUCUGAAGUCCAGUGUCUUACUUCUAGCCAAUAGGCAAUUAUGUUUCAGUUUUUAAUGAGUUCAUAAUAGUGAAAUAAAUGUUAUAAACCACUCACUGCUUUAGCACUAUGAUUUGGCAAAAUACAAAUUUGUUAUCUUCUCUAGUGAAGAGAUGAUAAAGAGAAUUCUUUGCAUUCUAGGAAACCAAGAAGAAAGAAUUUGAUAGACGUCAUCAGGGACAAGAACUUGGUAAAGCAAAAAGGGACAGAGAAGAGAGACAGGCACAAAAUAUUGUGAAUCAAAUCAAAGAAGACAGAGCCAAAGAGCGGGCCCACAGGGAAGCUGUGCGGCAGCAGAUUGCUAGAGAUAAAGCAGAAAGGGAAGCUAGGCGACAGAAUGAGGUGCAGGAGAGACAGCGUGCUCAAGCUGCCUCACCCUCACCUUCAACUACCAUGACUGGAGGCAGUGAGGGGUUGGGAAAGACUGAGUGGUAAGUAAAGUAGAAAUACACUGAAACAUAUCAUUUGUACAGGCUUAGAGUUCUUGAAUAUCCUUCUCUUACAUUGUAAAAGUAAUUAAAGUACAUGUGAUUCAUAACAUCAGCCAUGAUUACUUUAGUUAUACAUUGUUGUAUUGUAUUGUUAUUAACUGCUCUGUACAUGCAACAGAGACUUUUUGUUUUUACUUAGCAUUUCUGCCCGGCUCCAGUUUCGUCUUCCAGAUGGCAGUUUGUUAACAAACUCUUUCUCACCUGAUACUCCUUUGGAGACCAUCCAACAGUAUAUCAUCUCUGUGAGUAGUUAAUUUUUACAAGAACACAUAGGUGUAUAUAAUUAUAAAAAUGAGCAAAAUUUAAGGAGCUUUCAGAGAAUUCUAUCUAGAUAAGUAGAGGAGAAUUCAGUGUUAAAUGUAUUGGAACUAUAAUUGUUAGGUUCUUAUUUUAGGGGCCAGAAAUAGUUUUCUUAAUCUUCCUCCUAAACAGACUAGAUAUCCCAAUUCUUAGGUCUGCAUUAGACUCUUAAUAUCUGCAACCUUGCCUGUGUGUGUCCAAUCAAAGAUUCUCUUCAAGACCAUUUGAUUUUUGUCAAUUGUCCUCACAGCCAUCAACCCCUCCAAAACAUAAGUGAGAUCUUUUGACCAAAUUGGUAAUAAAUUUACUGAAAAUAAGUUUUAUUAAUUAUGUGAAUCUUUUCAAUUGUUCUCAGCAACUAGGACCCAGUUCCAGCUCAAUAACAAUGUUCACCACUUACCCUAGGCGGGAGCUGACUGAAGAAGACCUGUUAAAGAGUUUGGCUGAGUUAGGUCUGGCACCAAGUUCCACUUUAAUUGUAGCUGUGGUAAGUUUAAGAUCAAUAUUAGGUUGUUUUUAAAACAUUCAUCCAUUGGAAAGAGUGAAUAUUUGUCUCAUGUGAACCUGGCAUAUGGCCUGGCUUACCAAUGAGUUUUGUUUAAUUUGUGUAACUUAGAGUUAGGUAAUGGAAGUUAAAACUUUAGGAAAUCAAAGCAAGGUUGUGUUUUAGGAAAGCUUGGGUACCACAUAAAACCAACUUUAGCUUUUUCUUCGAUCCCAAUAAAUGUUUAAUCUUUUGUUGUGUUUGUUUUUAUUUUUCAUUGGUUAAUUAUAAUUGUAUUUGUGAAAAAUGUUUCCUUAAAUUCUUUGAGUGAAUUUCCACAUUCUCCCAUCAUUCAGAAAUUUCCCAAAACUUGAAAAGAUAAAUAAGCAAUACUAAACUUUCAUUUUACAGAGAGGAAGUAAUUCCCUCACUCCAUCUGGGACUUCAUCAUUCCCCGAACUGUUGUUAUGGAUUCUUUCACCUCUGUUCACACUGAUUAACUUCCUGAAAGCUUUCCUCUUUGGUAGUCCUGAUCAGUCUAGAGGGACACAGAAUCCUCCUUCACAGAGAACAAACAACAGCACACAGUCACAACCAUCAAAGUGAGUCUUUUUUUGGCGGUUUGCCUUUUGUAAACUGCUGCAUAGUUUGUUGUUGAACUUUAUCACACUAGUUUGGUUGUUUGCUUGUUGGUGUUAAGAAUGAAAUUCUUUUCUCAAGAGCCAAAAAAGAAAAAGCAAAAAGAAUUCCCAGAUAUAAAGUUUGAAGAAUCUUAUUUACAGUCAAUUUUAUUGUCCAUUGUGUUUUUUGGCUUGUUGUUAGACAGAUAAAAGUUUUGUAGAAUUAAUCAACUUGUGAAUGCUUGAAAGUACACAUAUUUUUCCACUGGUGACUGUACUAAAUAUUCAAUUAUCACAAUUUGCAAAUUUCACAAAAACAAAGAUGGUCUCUUGUUUUAGAUUGUCAUUUCAGCAAGUAGAAUAUUGCUUUCUUGUGAAUUUGGGCUCAUAAGCUUUUCUAUCUUAUGAGAAAAACACAGCAAAAACAAAAGGUAAUGAAAGAAAUGCUCUUCUAGUCAAAUUCAGUCAUGAACAAUAUCUAAACUCCUUCCUUCCUAAGGUUACAUGCCAACCUUCUUGCUGUUUUUUUUUAAUUUUUUUUUUUUUUGUUUUCUUCAUGGCAGUUCUGGUGUACGUCAUAGAGUCCCAGGUGGUGUUUCAUCUGUAAAGAAAGAAGGCGGAAUUCAUCGGCUUCACAACAGAGAUGAUGAAGAUGACGACAAUAACACAUGGAAUGGAAACUCUACUCAACAGAUGUAACUGAAUGAUCCAAGAUUGUUUAAAAUAUAUGGAGAGUUUAAAAUUUGGUCUCUAAUUUGGAAUAAUUCUUUUAAAAUAGAUUAGAGUGGAGAUGAGCUUGGUUGUUAGAGGGAUGAGAGUCUGUGACAAAUAAUUCAUUGAUACAGAAACAAUGUUCCUUUAGAAAGGAAUCAAACAUUUGUGUUAGCUCAUUUUUGUAUACAGUUCUAUGUUGUGACUAGCCUGUAUUAUCCAUUAUUCACAGAUUGUCAAAACAAUUGAAAAAGAAAACUGUUUAAAAGUUUUCUUCAGUGUAUUCGAUGGUUAAUGGCACAACAAUUUUCAAUGUCUUGCCCAAAGUUGUAACUAACUUCCAGUUGUCAUGACAGUUACAGUUAAAAUGUCAAAGGAUACCACUCCCCAGUCCCUCAAGAAUGCAGAGAAAAACAUGGGACCAAGACUAAAAUAAAACAUACUAUUUAAAUGAUAUUGGAGUGAGUGGUAUUGAAUAAAAGAAAAGGAUGUUUUAAAUAAUCUACGUAAAUGAUGUUCCUUUUUUUGAAAGCUUACAUGUAUCUGUCAGGGACCUCUGUUAGACCUGAUGAUGUAGUGGUUUUUCUGUUUUUUUUUUAAUAGCAAUAAAUGAUAGUAAAG